UGGGUGAGUUUCUACACAAAGACGUGGGCCGACCCCAUCACACGGCUGUCCUGAUCCGAGCAAGCCCAGAGAGUAGGAGAAUCACCUCUUUUUACUGGGGUCCGUGGGAGAGCAGACCCAGUAUGCUAGGGACCCUGGUAUUGGGCAGGAGCCUUCGGAACGCCUCUGGUUUCUCCGCCUCGGUCACGCAGCUGUGGGGGGCCCCCCGCGAUCAUCCGCGAAGGCCAGAGCGAUGCUGCUCCCAGGGUCCCUGCGCACAGAGGAACCGGAGCGACGCUUGGCACCCCCUCUGGAAGGGCCCGGCCUCUGUGCCCGGAGGCACCCGGCAGUCCCCUGUCAACAUCCGCUGGAGGGACAGCGUCUACGACCCGCAGCUGCAGCCCCUCAGGGUGUCGUACGCCGCGGCCAGCUGCCUGCACGUCUGGAACACCGGCUACUUCUUCCAGGUGGAAUUCGACGACUCGGCCGAGGAAUCAGGGAUCUGCGGCGGCCCCUUGGAAAACCACUACAGGCUGAAGCAGUUCCACUUCCACUGGGGAGCGACGGACGAGCGAGGCUCGGAGCACACGGUGGACGGCCGCGUGUACCCAGCAGAGCUGGGGGCCCGGCACGAGGAGCUGCAGAAGCUGGUGCGAGUCUUGCCGGAAAUAAAGCUUAAGGUGCAGGAACUUCCCGAGGUCAAGGUGCCGGGAGCAGCCCUUCCCCGCUGGUGCGCAGCCAGAGUCAACCGAGGCUGUCUUCCCCAUGCGCCCGCCUCCCCCACGGCGUGGCCUCCACCUCUCGGUGGGAAGGGAAGGACCUGGCCGCAAGGGGCUGUUGACUCUGGGGUCUGUUCUCCUUCCACGGAAGCUCUGGGGCGCGUCUGGUCCCCCACGGCCGUCUGGGAAAGCCGCACGGGAGAAGGGGUGUCAGCGAGGGUGACGGGGGGAACCGUCUGGGCCUCACUUCUGGGCCUGACGCUCGACGUUGGGCCUCACGGACGUUUGGGGGUUGGGGACCCAGUUAGACUCAGUGGCCCCUCUCUGUGCCCCAUGCCGGGUGCCCCCAACACCUGGAGCCGUUCUUCACGUGGGCCAUGUUAGACUCCAUCUCCGUGGCCUACCGUUCUGUGGUCUUGACAAACACGCCGUCAUGGAUCCCCCCAACGUUCUAAUUGGUGGGAAAGCGGCGGUGGGUGGACGCCGCAGCCCCCGCCUCCAGCUGUCGCCCCUACCCCCACUCCCGCGGCCCCGGGAAGGAGGGACAGCCAGCGCGGGGGUGGGACAGGCUCCAGCAGCGUCUGGGCGCUGCCACCAAUGACAUGGCUUUGGGAAGGUCAGUUCUGCGUACCCUACGCUCCUCUUCAGCAGAGUAGAGACCCGUUGGGCAGCGGGUCUGAAGCUUGGCCCUUGUGGCCUGCGGGGGGCAAGGGGAGGGCAUGGAUUCGCCUCAGCACUCCCCACCCCGGCACUUCUCGGGUCUCGUCCCAAGUUCUCCUGUGACCCCCUUCCCUCGCAGUGUCACCAGAGCACGCAGGGUGACAUCAUCGGCCUCGCAGGGACCGGGAGUCCCGACACGCCACCCCACACGGGAGCUCGAAGGCGUGACCCUCAGUGACAUUCCGGCCCCCGAGGCCGCAGAGCAUUUCUUUCUGUGUAGGGCGUGUCCGAGACAGGCAAACCCGAGGGGAUGGAAAGCGGGUCGGGGGCAGGCCAGGGUGGAUGGGGGAGGCGGGGGCAGGCCUGGGGUUCGUUUCUGAGUGCGGGGCUGUGCUGCGCUGACCGUGGGGAUGGCUGCCGGCAUCCAUCUGCGAACGCCCUGAGAGCCGGAGCACGGGGAGCUUAGGAGGGGAGGGUCCCGCGCUGUGCGAAUGUUUCCAUACGGCUGUUCGCAGGGCAGUAG